CGUCCCCACAGGUUGAGCCGGAGCCGGAGCGUUUCCGCCUCGCGGCCGCCGCUCCGCCGGGCCGGGUGAGCCCAGCUUGGUCCAGCCCAGCUUAGCUCAGCCCAGCCCAGCCCAGCCGAGCACCCUGCGGGCCGUUCGGCCGCUCGCCUCCCCUCACCCCGGUCAUAAGGCGGCGGCGCCGGCGCGCGAAGGAUGUGUCGGAGGUGGCAGUGGCAGGCGCCGCGGCCGAGGGAGCCCUGAGCCCGAGCAGCGCCUCCCGGUCCCGCCACCCCCGGCCCUGCAGCGACCCCCGGCCCGGCCCCCGCCGCCCCCCGCCCCUCCCCGGCGUCGCCCCCGCCGGGUCCCCGCGCCCUGGAGCCUCGCUGAGCGCAGCCCGGAGCCCCCGCAGCCAGGAUGGCCUCGUCGUCCGGCAACGACGACGACCUCACCAUCCCCAGGGCUGCCAUCAACAAGAUGAUCAAAGAGACGCUGCCCAACGUCCGCGUGGCGAACGACGCCCGGGAGCUGGUGGUCAACUGCUGCACUGAAUUCAUCCACCUCAUCUCCUCCGAGGCCAACGAGAUCUGCAACAAAUCGGAGAAGAAAACCAUCUCCCCGGAGCAUGUCAUACAAGCACUAGAAAGUUUGGGAUUUGGCUCCUAUAUCAGUGAAGUAAAAGAAGUCUUACAAGAAUGCAAAACAGUAGCACUAAAGAGAAGAAAGGCCAGUUCACGCUUGGAGAACCUCGGCAUUCCGGAAGAAGAGCUACUAAGGCAGCAACAGGAAUUAUUUGCACAAGCUAGACAACAGCAAGCAGAACUGGCGCAGCAGGAAUGGCUACAGAUGCAGCAAGCAGCUCAACAGGCACAGCUCGCUGCUGCCUCAGCCAGUGCAUCCAAUCAGGCAGGAUCCUCUCAGGAUGAAGAUGAUGAAGAUGAUAUCUGAAAAUCACCAGCUGAGUUGUCUUACUAAGAAAUACUUUUCCUGCACAACGAAAACAGUGAAAUGAAUGCUUACCUGUAAGUUUGUAUGCAUCGUGGACUGGCAGUUGGUAUUCUAGGGGUGUCUGCUGUUGUGUGCUGUACAUGUAUAAACUGUCUUUUUUCGAACUCUUGAAGAAUUAAGGUUCAGUAUCAUAUCAACUUUGGAUUUUUAAUGGUGUAUAUGGAAAUUUUAGAUAGCGGUGCGUCAUUUAUUUGAUCAAUAAACAGUGUUACAAUAAACAACAAGUUUAUAAAAUAUAGUGAGAUUUAUACAAAAAGCUCUAAAUCCACAUUUGCAUUUCUUCCCUUUUAACUAAACUAUAAAAUCUUACUUAGAAUUUUUAAUUGUUUUUGGGGGAGUGGUACAGUAGACAUAAUCUGUUAAUGGGAAAAAGCGGAGUUCAGCAUAGAAGAGCCUGAAUUCUUAGUUCUUUUUAAAAUGGCAAUAAACAUUAUAUAUGCUCGAAUACCACACUGGUUAAAAUUUGAAAAUGAUACAUUUUCACCAAGCUAGGAAAAGGUAUGUUUAAUAGGAGUUGUACAAAUUCAAUCAUUUUUUUGUAUAGGGGUGAAAAAAAUAAACCCGUGGUUUUAUCAUGACAUCCUUUGACAGUCCUAACUGAUUAUUUCUCUUCAAAGAGACUGCCUGGUUUGAAGAACUAACGUUUCUAUUAUUUCACUCCAGUUUAAUGUUAACUGUUGUUGAUGGUAUUUUGUAGUCCAGAUUUAUUCAUAUUGUUGAAAUAUGAAGCCGGAACUUAAUGAAACAAAACUGUUUGUUCCGCUGAUGUGACUGGGAGUGAUUAAGUAUUCAAGCCUAAGAAGGCAAAAGCUGACCUUAAGAGCAUGCUUAUCAUAAAAGAGGGAAUUUAUUUAACUUUGGUUAGUCUUUGUUGUCAGCAUAAUGCUAACAUUCUCCAGACUAGGUUGCCACUGGAUUACUAAAAUACCUUGUUAAAAGACAGCAAUUUAUUCAGACUGGUUUGUAGGUAAAUGUAGGUUUUUGAUAAACUAUUCCCCAAGAGUGAUCAGCAAUACAUGAAACAGAAAUUAUGUACUUGUCCUUUCGAUAGUUCUGUUGAUUUAAUGGAUGAGCAGCUGUCCUUUGUGUUGAAAUAAAGCACAGUAGUGUCCAUUGCUGAGUUUUAAUGUGUUACUUGAAGUAAUACUGGCAUAUCUUCUGGUACACUAAUCUGAGCAGACUAGAAAAGCCACUUGCAUGCUGCUGUAGAUGAUCUCUAUCUAAUAAUGUGGAUUGUUCUAUUAACUUAUGUCCUCAGCAAGCUGGUCCAGUUAGAGUUCUUGAGGAGGGCUGCAGCAGUCUGUUUACAUAAGGAUGCAAACAGAAAAUGGUGAGCCCAUUUUUACAUGAAGAUCUGGACAGGAUAUAAUUGGCAUAUAUUCAGAUCUCAGUCACAUAGUGACUUUUGAUUUAAAUUUGGGAUGUCUUAAGUUGCAUUUGGAUAAAUGCAUUAGUGCAGUGAAAACUCAGAAAGGUAUUUGUUUGAAUGUUUAAGUUUAAAAAGGAAAAACAAAACAAAAAAACUUUUGUGGAUACUAUAUGACAGAUGUUAGGCAAGGUUUGACCGAGGAAGUGGUUUUCUGUAAAGGUUUAAGUACCAAAGGUAGAAAAUCUAGUCUAGUGAUACAAUGUUAAUGUGCAGUGUUGGCUUUUCUAAUUUGUACUGUAACACCUUCACACUUUCUAUUUUAAAUGAGUCUUUUCCUUCUAAAUAAUACUAGGUAUAUUUUCACACCUUUCUUUUCUGAUGCAGAAAUCAGGUUAACAUUUUACUGCAUCUGGUAUGUAUGGUGUAAUAUGUUUGGAUUCUUGUGACCUUUCUUUUUGGACAUUCUUGUGCUUUUUCAUAUGCUGUAUUCUUCAAGCAAUAAAAUUCUGAUGUGUUUUUAUAAAAUUGCUUUUAUAUUUAAUGAAUAGUCUGUCUUCUUCAUUGCAUUUAAAAACAAAAAAGUUAAGACGACUUAAACCCUGUUGUUAUUUUGGCCCACUGAACACUCUUUGUGAACUUAAGUCUUUACAACCUGAGUGCUGUUGGAUAGCAUUCCUGUUCACUGGGGUUGUUAAUGCUUGCAAACAAUAUUUCUGGGCUUGACCUGCUCUCUUUCCUUUUGGGAAUUGCAUUUUGUAUAUAUGCAUUUUUAUAAUCUGACAUUCUUCACCUGAGAAGUUGAACAAAAACCCUGUAGAUUGUGUAUCAGCUGCUGAAAUACUUUCACAAAGUGAAAGGCCACAGGCAGAGGCUGAGGAAAUAAGAAUCUAAUUUAAUAUAGAUAGUCAUGUUUAGAGAUUACUUAUUCAGCCAUUCCGCAUCAAGUGUGAAAAAUAAACUCUGGCACUUACAGGGGAAGAAUCUUCACUGAUCUUUCAACAAAUGAAGAAUUUUGUAUUGCUUUGUUAUUGUGCUUCUAUGCACUACAUGUUCAGUGAGGACAGAUUUCUGAAUUUGUGGUACCCCUGAUGUUUUUGGUACACCAGGUACAUGGAACGUAAAGUUUGGUUAGUGAACUGUAUUGUUACUUUGUCUCAGAAGAAACAUGUAUAAGGAUGUGUCUGUUUCUUAAAUAUUGAGUUGAUGAGAUUAUCUGUGGGUUUUCCAUAAUUAUUCUGACAGUCUGUUUCAGAGUGCUUUCACUAAGUGACUUUCUUACGUAGUCUUUCUUUUCUGUUACUUUAAUAAAGUGUAUGUCUGUAUGACAUUGUG